AUGUAUCUCCGGCGAUUCUUUUCCCUCCACAAUCCUCUUCAACCACAAUUUGAACUCUGCAAAUCGAUCAUUUUCGUUAAAUGCAUCCAUGCUCUCGCCGUAAUCACCGAAAAUACGCAAAGUACGACUACUUUAAGAAUAACCCACGAUGCUGAAUGGACACCCAGCUCAAUUUCCUACUCAAAACUCUUAUCACAAUGCUGCCAAUCGAAGUCUCUCAGUCCAGGGCUACAGAUUCAUACCCAUCUGAUCAAAAUCGGGUUAGCGAAUGAUUCGAAACAUAGGAAUCAUUUGAUCAAUUUGUACUCAAAGUGUCGGCUUUUUGGUUGUGCACGCAGGUUGCUCGAUGAAAGUCCUGAACCAGAUUUGGUUGCUUGGUCUUCUUUGAUAUCUGGGUAUGCCCAGAAUGGUCUUGGUGAAGAAGCCAUUUUGGCUUUUUCGGAGAUGCAUUCAUUGGGUAUUAGGUGUAAUGAGUUUACGUUCCCUAGCGUGCUCAAGGCGUGCUCGAUUAAGAAGGAUAUCGUUGGAGGGAAGCAGAUACAUGGAAUUGUGGUGGUGACUGGUUUCGAGUCCGAUGUUUUUGUUGCAAACACGUUGGUUGUUGUGUAUGCAAAAUGCGGUGAGUUUUUGGAUUCAAGGAGGCUUUUUGAUCAGAUACCGGAUCGGAACAUAGUUUCUUGGAAUGCAUUGUUUUCUUGUUACACACAGGGUGAUUUCUUUAAAGAAGCGAUAUAUUUAUUUCAAGAUAUGGUUAGUAGCGGAAUAAGGCCAGAUGAGUUUAGUUUAUCGACCAUAAUCAAUGCAUGCACAGGUUUACAUGAUGUAAACCAAGGGAAGAAAAUUCAUGGUUAUUUGAUGAAACACGGGUUCAGUUCUGAUCCUUUUUCGUGUAAUGCACUUGUUGAUAUGUACUCAAAAGUUGGAGAUUUCGAAGAUUGUAAACAAGUCUUUGAGCACAUUCCUAAUCCCGAUAUUGUUUCUUGGAAUGCGGUUAUUGCUGGCUGCGUGCUUCAUGAAUUCAACAAUAUGGCUCUGGAGUUAUUGCUGAAGAUGAGAAGGUCAGGAAUAACACCAAAUAUGUUUACUUUUUCUAGUGUUCUUAAAGCUUGCUCUGGAUUAGGUUUACAAGAUUUAGGCCAACAGUUUCACUCCAUUUUGAUAAAAUCAGACAUAGAAUUGGAUCCAUUUUUGUGUUGUGGGCUAAUAGAUAUAUAUUCUAAAUGUGGUGAAAUGGAUGAUGCUACACGGGUAUACGAUAUGAUGCCAGAAAAACAGUUGAUUGCACUAAAUGCUCUGUUAUGUGGACACUCGCAAAACGGAAACGACCUUAAAGCUCUAUCCAUUUUUGCGGAGAAACAUAGGGAAGGAAUAGGAUUUAACGAGACCACUUUGCUUGCAAUCCUCAAUUCUGCAGCGGGUUUGCAAGAUGUUAACGUUAGUGAACAAGUUCAUGGGCUUUCUUUAAAAACCGGAUUCCAAUCUGAUCCUUUUGUCGUAAACAGCCUCAUUGAUUCUUACGCAAAAUGUGGUCAUUUGGAAAAGGCGACGAUGGUUUUUGAUGAUUCGCCUAUUGGGGAUUUGGCAACUUUUACAUCUUUGAUAUCGGCUUAUGUUCAAUCGGGACAAGGUGAGGAAGCUAUGAAGAUAUACUUAAAGAUGCAGGAUUUGGAGCUUAAGCCGGAUCCGUUCAUUUGUAGUUCUCUUCUAAAUGCUUCGGCUAGUCUUUCUGCUUAUGAACAAGGUAAGCAAAUCCAUGUUCAUACCCUGAAAUUCGGUCUUUUAUCCGACGUUUUUACUGCCAAUUCUCUCGUCAACAUGUAUGCUAGAUGUGGAAGUAUAGACGAUGCAAGCCGUGCGUUCUCUGAGGUUCCCGAAAAGGGUAUAGUGUCGUUUUCAGCAAUGAUUGGAGGACUUGCACAACACGGGCACGGCGAAAAGGCCCUUUCUUUAUUCGACAAGAUGCUAAAAGACGGUAUUGCCCCUAACAACGUCACUCUAGUAAGCGUCCUAUGUGCAUGUAACCAUGCCGGACUAGUAACUCAAGCUAAAAGAUUCUUCGACUCAAUGGAGGACGUCUUCGGAAUUAAACCAACGCAGGAACAUUACGCUUGCAUGAUCGACAUUCUUGGCCGUGCUGGAAAGCUAGACGACGCGAUGGAUCUUGUAAACAAUAUGCCAUUUGAAGCUAAUGCCGCCAUUUGGGGGGCGGUUCUUGGUGCUGCGAAAACUCAUAAAAGUGUCGACCUUGGUCAACGAGCUGCCGAGAAGCUGAUGCUUAUUGAACCCGAGAAGUCGGGAACCCACGUUCUUCUUGCGAAUAUAUACGCAUCCGCCGGUUUAUGGGAUAACGUUGCGGAAAUUCGGAGAUCGAUGAAAGAUAGUAAGGUCAAGAAAGAACCUGGGAUGAGUUGGGUUGAAGUUAAAGAUAAAGUUCACACAUUUAUAGUAGGAGAUAGAAGCCAUUUUAUGACCAAAGAAAUCUAUGAAAAACUUGAUGAAUUGAUGGAUUUAGUUGGUAAAGAAGGGUAUGUUCCUGUUUUGGAGAUUGAUCUUCACAAUGUGAAAAGAAGCGAAAAGGAGGUUCUUUUGUCGUACCACAGCGAGAAACUUGCGGUCGCUUUCGGGGUUAUAGCGACUCCUUCGAGAGCUCCGAUUCGGGUGAAAAAGAACCUUCGCGUUUGCGUAGAUUGCCACACGUUUUUCAAAUACGUGUGUAAAGUUGUCGCGAGAGAGAUUGUCGUUAGAGACAUUAACCGGUUUCAUCAUUUCAAAAACGGAUCUUGUUCUUGUGGCGAUUAUUGGUGAACUUACUUAACUUUAUUGGGAUAGAGGUCAGGUCUGUAUACAUCUUUCCUUCCAGAUCCAUCUCUAGUUAAUAUGCUGGGAUCUUGAAAUUUCAUGUUACUUUGUCAUUUUAAGACAUUUUUGUUGUUUUAAUUUGUUUGGCAGUUGCUGAAUAAUUUGAUGUAGAAUGGUUAAGUGGUCAGAAUGCUUAGUGUAGAAUGAAAUAUGUUCGUUUGGUAACUGUAUAGAAUAGAC